AUGGGUAUUUUCCGCCACCUUCCAUUCUUCUAUUUUUCUGGUGCCGCUACCACCGUGUCGAGGUCGCAAGCCAGUCGUCGGAGCCCAUCCUCCCUACGUCGGAAUGAGAGCACGCCUGUCGGAGGAUUGAUUGCUGCUGUGAGACACCGAACCUCAUCCGCCAUUACCGUUGCUCCUCCAUCGUCCUCCUUCUUCACUUUCGACAGCCGCCAUCAUCGGAGUUGCCCAGUCGUCAUCCAGUCACGAGCAACCCAACCGCCAAUGGAAGUCGUAACCACCGCCAUGUGUGCGCUGCUGCUGCUGCCCUUCGAUGACGACAAGGCCGCCGCUUGCUGCCUUGAUGAUGAGUGCCUUCGCGGCGUGGUUGCCGGAGGCGUAACCGACUCGUGA